AUGCCCCCACGAACAUCUCGCCACCCAUCGCCGGAAACAACUUCUCCAGUCAUCCAAACAGCCUCCCAGUCACCCAGCCGACCACCGGAUGUAGCAUCCUCUACUGAACGGCCCACAAAGCGUGUCAAGUAUGUUCGCAAGGCAUGUGCUCUGGAGAUCGCCCUUGCGACCGUUGUACCAACAGUGACGAGCAUUGUUCGCUCCUUGACGUGGACCCCGAGGACAUCGCCCGUCGCACCCAACCUCGCCUCCACCCUGUCUAUCCAGCAUGCCCUUGCCAGCUCUGGUAUCGAUGUUGAUCAUCAUCAGCACUCUGCUCGUGCUUCCGACACCUCCCCAGUCCACUCUGCCGACGCUCAUCCGCGGCAUGAGUCUUGGGAGAUUCCAGGACCAUCAACCAUGCCGAGCCCUGAGCCCGAUGAGUACGCUGCUGAGACGGCCUUUACGCAUCCGGUCCCGGCAUUAGGGGCUAUUUUUGCCAACCAACUCAGUACCGCAGGCGUUGAGGUACCUCCAGUGUCAGCAGCACCGAAACGACGGCCGGCUCCGGACAGUGAAGGUCAUGACCCAGGCUUUGCACCUGGUCCCCAAACCCAUGCCAGUCCAGCCACAUCGGUCGCUUCUCACCUCAAGCCGCCUCCAGGACCGACUCUAUCUGUCCGCUGUGGACUCGUUCAGUGUUUUCUGCCUGUCCCUGCCCGACAUGAUCAAUACCUGGACGUAUUCUUCUCUCAGGUCAACACCUUUGCACCAUGCUUGAAUGAGAAUGAUGUUCGCCGACGAACAAGCAUUGUUUUUGACCGAGCAUUUGGGUUUUCUCAAACCUCAUCACCCACCCCCGAUGACCCAAUCCUGCAAGUGUCCCUGGCCCCGUAUCUCUCACUCAUGAUGAGUAUCUACGCUUGCGUCGAUGUUAUUCGAGAGCAGUCAGCGACGACCGCUGGCUACGCUUGGUAUCGGCAAGCGCAAGAACUGAUAGGCCGGCGCCAGAUCACCACAACGGGUUCCGACCUCACCGGCAUCCAGAUCUUGAUCCUUCAGUCCAUGUUCCUAUGGUAUCGAGGCAACUUUGACUCUGCAUAUGCCGCCGUGGGCCGUGCUUGUCGUUUAUGUUUCCAGCACGGCCUCAACAACGCAGCCCACUGGACGGCCAAAACCCCCUUUCGUGUCCACAUGCGUCAGCGUGUCCUCUGGACCACCUACUGCAUGGACAGACGUAUCGCUCUUACCUGUGGACGACCAUACGGAAUGCACUGGCAGGAUGUAGCGGUCGGACACCCAGACGCACUCAUCGACAAGCAUGUCUACCUUGACUCGCCACUUCCCAACCCAUCACCUCUCAGUUCUCUUCAGCCAUACCUGAGCGAACAUGUGGCUUUCGCCAACUUUGCUGGCCGAGCCUGGGAUACCGUGUCUUGCCCAACUGUUCAGUUCAAUGAUCGCUCCGAGGCAAUUGAGCGACUUGAUGUCCAGAUUGAGGACUGGGUAGCCAAGUUUGAGGUUGCCGCGGAGCUCGAUGAACCAAAAACUCCCACCCAGAAACAACAGCGUCUGGUGAUUCGAACGCUUAUGCUCGACUUACGCCUUCUCCUGCGCCGCAGAGACAUGUUGGCCGCUGAUUGUGACGAGCGCUGCAGCACACUGUGUGGUGAGAUUGCUUGCAGCCUUGUUCAGUCUGUACACGCGGCAUCGUAUGAAGUCAGCUGGAGUCUGUCACCCUACCUCAAGACGCACGCGCCAACAGUCUUAUUCUCGCCCAUCAUUGCACUUGCGACCCUCCUCAUCCGGAACAGCACACCAUCAGAUCUCUUGGACAUGUGCAGGCUUCGAUUCAAGCAGGCUACAGAGGUGAUUUCCCGGUUGUCACCAUACCUCCCAGCAGCUGCCCAUGUCGAAUCGCAACUGAGCGAGAUUGUGCGCCUCACCAACGACAGCCUCAAGUGA